AGUGGACCAGCAGAGCUCAGAUGUCCCCAGUGGUCCAUCUGUCCAGCAGCAUCAAACACAGUUGGACUCCAUAUUUAUGCUGCUGGAGGAAAACAUUGUCACUUUUGUAAGGAACGAGCUGAAGAAGAUCCAGAAGGUUCUGAGUCCAGAUUACCCAGAAUGCUCAGAGAGUCAGAGAGAAGAUGAUGAAGUGUUGAGAGGUGAUGAUGAAGAACAGAGGAGGAGCAGCAGAGAGGUAGUGAUGAAGAUCACACUGAACUUCCUGAGGAGGAUGAAGCAGGAGGAGCUGGCUGACUGUCUGCAGAGCAAACAUCUUGCUGCAGUUUGUCAACAUCAACUGAAAUCUAGUCUGACGAAGAAGUUCCAGUCUGUGUUUGAGGGGAUUGCUAAAGCAGGAAGUCCAGCCCUCCUGAACCAGAUCUACACAGAGCUCUACAUCACAGAGGGAGGGACUGGAGAGGUCAAUGAUGAACAUGAAGUCAGACAGAUUGAAACAGCAUCCAGGAAACCACACAGACCAGAAACAACAAUCAGACAAGAAGACGUCUUUAAAGUCCCACCUGGAAGAGAUCAACCAAUCAGAACAGUGAUGACAAAGGGAGUGGCUGGCAUUGGGAAAACAGUCUUAACACAGAAGAAAGAGAAAAAGUUCAGCUUGGUGGAACUUGUUCAUCACUUCUUUACUGAAGCCAAAGAAAUCUGCAGCUUUGAACACUUCCAGGUUCUGUUCAUCUUUGAUGGCUUGGAUGAGAGUCGACUUCCACUGGACUUCCACAACAAGAAGAUCCUGAAGGAUGCUACAGAGUCCAGCUCAGUGGAUGUUCUGCUGACAAACCUCAUCAGGGGGAAACUGCUUCCCUCUGCUCUCCUCUGGAUAACCACACGACCUGCAGCAGCCAAUCAGAUCCCUCCUCAGUGUGUUGGCAUGGUGACAGAGGUCAGAGGUUUCACUGACCCCCAGAAGGAGGAGUACUUCAGAAAGAGAUUCAGAGAUAAGCAGCAGGCCAGCAGGAUCAUCUCCCACAUGAAGACAUCACAAAGCCUCCACAUCAUGUGCCACAUYCCAGUCUUCUGCUGGAUCACUGCUACAGUUCUCGAGGAUGUGUUGGAGAACAGAGAGGGAGGAAAGCUGCCCAGAACCCUCACUGACAUGUACAUCCACUUCCUGGUGGUUCAGACCAAAGUGAUGAAGGUCAAGUAUGAUGGAGGAGCUGAAACAGAUCCACACUGGAGUCCAGAGCGCAUGAAGAUGAUUGAGUCUCUGGGAAAACUGGCUUUUGAUCAGCUACAGAAAGGAAACCUGAUCUUCUAUGAAUCAGACCUAAAAAAGUGUGGCAUCGAUAUCAGAGCAGCCUCAGUGUACUCAGGAGUGUUCACACAGAUCUUUCGAGAGGAGAGAGGGCUGUACCAGGACAAGGUGUUCUGCUUCGUCCAUCUGAGUGUUCAGGAGUUUCUGGCUGCUCUUCAUCUACAUCUGACCUUCAUCAACUCUGGGACCAACCUGAUGGAAGAAGCACAAAAAUAUAAAAUUUCUUCAUUAUUUAAUAAACCUAAACUAAAGUCUCUCCAUCAGAGAGCUGUUUACCAGGCCUUACAGAGUCCAAAUGGACACCUGGACUUGUUCCUCCGUUUCCUCCUGGGACUUUCACUGCAGUCCAAUCAGAGACUCCUACAAGGUCUGCUGACACAGACAGGAAGUAGCUCACAGACCAAUCAGGAAACAGUUCAGUACAUCAAGGAGAAGAUCAGUGAGAAUGUGUCUGCAGAGAAAAGCAUAAAUCUUUUCCACUGUCUGAAUGAACUGAAUGAUUGUUCUCUAGUGGAGGAGAUCCAACAGUCUCUGAGUUCAGGAAAUCUCUCCACAGAUAAACUGUCUCCUGCUCAGUGUAACACGUCCGUGCAAGCUAGAAAGUUUGCACAGCUGAAGUUGCCCCAGCUGAGUUACUGUAACCUCUCAGAGAGAAGCUGUGAAGCUCUGUCCUCAGUUCUCAGCUCCCAGUCCUCCAGUCUCAGAGAACUGGACCUGAGUAAYAACAACCUGCAGGAUUCAGGAGUGAAGCUUCUCUCUGCUGGACUGAAGAGUCCAAACUGCAACCUGGAAACUCUCAGCUUAUCAGGUUGUUUGGUCUCAGAGGAAGGCUGUGCUUCUCUGGCCUCAGCUCUGACCUUUAACCCCUCCCAUCUGAAAGAGUUGGACCUGAGCUACAAUCAUCCAGGAGACUCAGGAGUGAAGCUGCUGUCGGCUGGACUGAAUGAUCCAGACUACAGACUGGAAGCUCUCAGGGUGGAACCUGCUGGAGUCCCAUUCUUGACACCAGGUCCGUGGAGACUGAGGAAAUAUUCCUGUCAACUCACCAUCGACACAAACACAGUGAGCAGAGAGCUCAAACUGUCUGAAGACAACAGGAAGGUGACAUGGGAGGAGCUUCAGUCAUAUCCUGAUCAUCCAGACAGAUUUAAUUUCUGGCCUCAGCUGCUGUGUAGAACUGGUCUGACUGGUCGCUGUUACUGGGAGGUCGAGUGGAGUGGAUAUGUUUAUAUAUCAGUGAGUUACAGAAGAAUCAGGAGGAAAGGAGACAGUGGAGACUGUUUGUUUGGGGUGAAUAAUCAUUCCUGGAGUCUGAGCUGCUCUGAUGAUGUUGGUUACUCUGUCAGUCACAAUUACAUAGAAACUCGUCUCUCCUCCUCCUGUGUCUCUAAUAGAGUAUCAGUGUAUGUGGACUGUCCUGCUGGCAUUCUGUCCUUCUACAGAGUCUCCUCUGACUCACUGAUCCUCCUCCACACCUUCAACACCACAUUCACUGAACCUCUGAUUCCUGGAUUCUGGCUCAGUUAUGGUUCCUCAGUGUUUCUGUGCUGAGUUGAGUCUAAAGAACCUAAAG